UGCUCAACAAUCCAGGAUGGAUAGAAUUAGGGAUCCAGAAGAACCCUUAGAAUAUAAGUCUGCCAGUCAGUUCCAGAAUUAGCAAAAGUGGGAAACAAUAUAAUUCUGGAGCUGAUUUGGAGAUGUCCUGUUAGGUGAUGGAUCAAACAAGCUCAUUGCUUGCUGCAUUUCAUGAGCUUUUAUCUAUUACUAUGCUAGCUUAGCUUCACUUAACUUCAGCACAACUUUCUUACAGCUUUUUUCUAUCUCAUUCAGAAAUAGUGUUUUUCUUACUAUGGUAUCACUGGCUAUUUGCAUGAGUGAAAAGAUAUAUUUUUGUGCAUAGAAAUGGAAUAAUAGACUAAUUGUUAUAGCCAACCUACAAGUAUAAAGUCUUUUCUCAGUGUUUUUAACUAGGACUCCUCCUUUUCCUCUUUUGUGAGAACAGUGAUUUCAUAUACUAUGAUGGGUGGGGCACGGCGUAUUUUAAGAUAUUCUUCUGUAUAUAGGUUCCUGACAGAGACUUCUCCAUAUAUGUGGUCUAACCUGGGUAUUGGGUUAUCCAUUUCAUUGUCAGUGGUGGGAGCUGCAUGGGGGAUUUACAUCACUGGAUCCAGCAUCAUUGGAGGUGGUGUCAAAGCACCUAGGAUCAAAACCAAAAAUUUGGUCAGUAUAAUCUUUUGUGAAGCUGUGGCCAUCUAUGGAAUCAUCAUGGCUAUUGUGAUUACCAACAUGGCCGAGCAAUUUAGUGGUAGAACCCCUGAGCAAAUUGGUCCCCAGAACUAUCAUGCAGGUUUCUGCAUGUUUGGGGCAGGUUUGACUGUAGGAUUUUGCAAUCUCUGCUGUGGUGUAUGUGUGGGCAUUGUGGGAAGUGGUGCUGCACUAGCAGAUGCCCAGAAUGCCAGCCUCUUUGUCAAGAUCCUAAUUGUGGAAAUCUUUGGCAGUGCCAUCGGACUCUUUGGAGUCAUUGUAGCAAUCCUGCAGACAACUAAAGUGAACAUGGGUGACUAAACUCUUUGCCAACUGCAGAUCCUGUAUAUAUUUAUUUAAUGUCUCCUGGUGGCCUAGGAGCUUGAUGUAUAAAGUUCUUCUUGUGAUCUUCACCUACUGGGCCAUGGACAAAAUUGAUAAAUUGAUGUGUGUUUGUGAGAAUUUAUCCUUCUCUUUUUCCUGCUCUGUUUUUUUUUUCCAGAAGGAAGGGGCUGGAUGCCUUGCUGGAAAGAGCCUUAGGUGUUCUAGCCUUUUGCACUCUCUGUGGCAAUCACUGCCAAUUAUAAUACAGUGUUCUAUGAAAGAAAAUUGUUCUUGUCCCAAGUAGUUGCCCUUCUUGUGUGCUCCCUGCUGCUGUGCCCCAAUUAUUAUCCUGGCUUUGAUGGCUGAUUUUUAUUCCCCCUGAAUAAUGGUGGCACUGGCUGAGCUCUUGGCUUUUGGAGACUGUGGAUAGUGCCCCUACUACACACACCUCCACCUGAAGGGACACAAGAAACGAACAAUGUGUUUUUCUGAACUAUACAUGAUUGGUUAUUAAAAUCGAUGAUGAAAGUA